UACAGCCGUCACCGCGUGGAUACCUGUUGACGAUUCGGGCCAACGCCAAACAAAAUCAACCGACAAUAAAAAAAUUUGCAACACCCUCGCCCGCUGUGGACUUGGCAGACAAGACUUGAAGGCACGGGGUGUCCGUAAAUGGGUGCACCGCAGGCAAUUGUGGAUAUACUGAGGUCCACAUCCGUCGGAAUCUAAUGACCUAUCAAACACAGUAUUUUCUUCCGUCGGAAAUUUAUCCGUCUCCAACUCCGAUCCUUUUCCGAGCACUCGCAGUGCGGGGGAACAUGGAAAAGGUGGCCAUUUAGUUACCAUGCAAACCUUCAGUAUGAGAUUUGAAGGUUUGCCCACGAGUCGUUUCCCCGCAACUGUCUAGACAAUGUCACUUCAAGGCAAGGUGUACGCCGUGACAGGCGGCGCAAGUGGCAUCGGCCUUGCAACAGCCAAACUCAUCUCACAACGUGGGGGCACGGUCUGCAUCGCCGAUGCGAACCCAGAUCUCCUCAGUGAAGCUGAAUCAUACUUCACCUCCAUGACACCCCCUGUUCCGUUCAUGGUCACCCAAGUCGAUGUCACGGACAAACAACAAGUAGAAAGCUGGAUCGUCGAUAUCAAAACCAAGUACCACAGGCUCGAUGGAGCCGCCAACAUUGCAGGCGUCAUUGGAAAAGACCACGGGAUCAAGUCGGUGGCAGAGUUGGCUGAUGAUGAAUGGGACAAAAUCAUUGGUGUGAACCUGACAGGAAUUAUGUAUUGUCUCCGGGCGGAGCUCAACCAUAUCAGUGAUGGUGGCUCGAUUGUCAACAUGGCUUCUAUCCAUGCCACAACCGGCGUGGCCAAUCAUGGUGCGUAUGCGGCGAGUAAACAUGGUGUUUUAGGUCUCACUCGGGUUGCUGCGAAGGAGAAUGGCCACCGAGAGGUGCGAGUUAAUGCCGUUGCACCGGGUCCAAUCCACACUCCCAUGAUGCAGGGGUUUUGGGCCCGGGUUGGACGACCUUCCGAUGCGCCUUUUGACGAUCCUAUUGCAUUUCGGCGUCAAGGGUCUGCUGAGGAGGUGGCGAAUGUGAUUGGUUUCUUACUUGGAUCGGAAAGCUCGUUCGUGAGUGGAAGUUGUUACCCGGUUGAUGGCGCUUGGAUAUAAUGUCCUCCACCGUUGGAUGGAGUACCAAUAUGCUUUGGGCUUCGUGGGAGGCACUUACUAGGUUAAUUCGGCUAUAGCUUGCUUCAUCAUCAG